UGGCUUGGCUGUGAGAGUGGGCAGGUGCUGUGUCAAUAGUGUUACUAGAUUGGUGUUACUGAUACGUUUGCAACACAUUUGAGCGGCACAGUUUGUGUUGACACGUCUUAUUACCGCAGUGUGUACAGCGUCUGCAGUGUGGCGAGCCUUCCGCAGAUUCAGUCGUCUAUUGCGUCUCUCUCCUGAUUAAGAGACGACUCAAAGAAGACGAGAGGGGAAGUUCAGCAAGAUGGUGUGGGGAUUUGUCACCUGUGGCCCAAAUGAGGCUCUUGUCAUAUCGGGGUGUUGCUACCAGGGCAAGCCACUGACUGUUGUGGGUGGACGUGCAUUUGUCUGGCCAUGUAUACAGAGGCUGCAAAGAAUCUCCCUGAAUGUUAUGACUCUGAAUGUGGAGAGUCCACGCGUGUACACGUCACAGGGCGUCCCUAUCUCAGUCACCGGCAUUGCUCAGGUGAAGGUGCAGGGCCAGUACGAGGAGAUGCUGCUGGCCGCGUGUGAGCAGUUUUUGGGCAAGACAGAACAUGAAGUGCAGCAGGUGGCCUUGGAGACACUGGAGGGCCAUCAGCGGGCCAUCAUGGGGUCAAUGUCCGUCGAGGAAAUCUACAAAGACCGCAAGAAGUUUAACCAGAACGUGUUUGAAGUGGCGUCCUCCGAUCUGAUUAACAUGGGGAUUACUGUUCUCUCCUACACCCUCAAGGACAUUCACGAUGACGAGACGUAUUAUGCCAAGGGGUACCUAGAUGCCCUGGGAAUGGCUCGAACGGCCGAAGUUAAACGAGACGCAAGGAUUGGCGAGGCUGAGGCAAACAAAGACUCCCAAAUCAAGGAGGCUUUAGCAGAGGAGGAGAGGAUGGCUGCUAAAUAUGUUAACGACACGGAGAUUGCGAAGGCCCAGAGAGAUUUUGAGCUGAAGAAGGCAACAUAUGACAUGGAGGUGCAGGCUAAGAAAGCCGAGGCGGAGCUGGCUUAUGAUCUGCAGGCGGCCAAAACCAGGCAGAAGAUUAAGGAGGAGCAGAUGCAAAUUAAGGUGGUGGAACGCGCCCAGGAAAUUUUGAUUCAAGAGCAGGAGAUUCAGAGGAGACAGAAGGAAUUAGAAGCAACAAUUAAACAACCUGCUGACUCCGAGAAAUUCAAACUGGAGAAGCUCGCAGAGGCAGCCCGGAACAAGGCCCUUCUGGAGGCGGAGGCAGAGGCCGAGAGCAUCCGUGUCAAGGGGGAGGCGGAGGCCCUGGCGGUGGAGGCUAAGGCACGUGCAGAGGCCAACACAAUGGUACAGAAGGCGGCCGCUCUGCAGGAGUACAAGGAAGCCGCCAUGUUGGAGAUGUACCUGUCAACCCUGCCGAAGGUUGCAGCAGAGGUCGCGGCUCCACUAUCGCAGGCCAAGAAGGUCACGAUGGUUAGCAGUGGGUCAAGUGAGGUUGGGGCAUCGAAGCUGACUGGGGAGGUCAUGGACAUUAUUACUCGUGUCCCAGCUAUGGUGAAGACGAUGACUGGGGUCGACGUGUCCAAGUGUGUGUCUCAGGGGAACAGCCCCACCAAGUCUGCGUGGGGGGGACCACCACCAACACACCCUCCCCUCACCACUCCCGCUAACUACCUACACCACCACCACCACCACCACCACUGCUGCCACUGCUGCUGGUGUUAUGACAAUCCGUGCCGUUUAAGAAGAAGAGGAGGAGGAGGAAGAAGGAAGAAGGAAGAGGAAGAAGGAAGAGGAAGAUUGAGAAGAAAUGGACCAAAAAAAAGAAGAAAAGAAACAAGAAGUAAAAAAAUAAGAAAAAAAUAAUAAUAAUAGUAAUAAUAACAGGAAGAAAUAAGAAAAUAAAGAAGAAAUGAAGAAUAGAAGAAAAAGAGAAGAGGAAGAGAAGGAAGGAAGAGGAAGAGGAGGGAAGAGGAAGAGAAGGAAGAAGAGGAAGAAAAAGAGAGAAAAAGAAAAAGACUAUAUUAUUAUUUAUUUAUUAUUAUUAUUAUUAUUCCAUUUAUUUUUGAAUUUAGAAAGAAAAAAAAUUAAAAAACCACAAUUUAAUGCAAUAUUCAGACAAUUUACCCCAAAAAAGUCCUAUUAUCAUCAUUAUCAUCAUUAUUUAUCAUUAUUUUCCAUUAUUAGAAAGAAAAAAAUUAAAAAGAAACAAUUUAAUUCAAUAUUUAGACAAUGUACCCCAAAAAAAAUCAUAUUAUUAUCAUUAUGAAUAUUACUUGUCAUUAUUUUCUAUCAUUGCCAUGCUAAGUGUGCGUUUAUGUGCGUUCGUGUGCGCGUCGAGUUUACGCGCACACAGGCAGGGCUAGAGGGUGGCUGCGCGUACAUGUGUAGGUGUGUGUAGGGUUUGUGUGUGUACGUACGUUUUUAAAGAGGCCUUAUAAAAAUUUGCUUCUUCUUCUUCUUGUGUCUUGCUGCUGCUGCUGCUGCUGCUGCUGCUACUGUUGUUGUCUCUCUCUCUCUCUCUCUCUCUCUCUCUCUCUCUCUCUCUCUCUCUCUCUCUCUCUCUCUCUCUCUCUCUCUCUCUCUCUCUCUCUCUCUCUCUCUCUCUCUCUCUCUCUCUCUCUCUCUCUCUCUCUCUCUCUCUCUCUCUCUCUCUCCAUAGCAUUUAGCCAUCAGUACCAAACUAUAGACUAAAUGGUGGCGAUAUUUUUUAAUAUAUACACUUAACUACAUAGGGAGCCAUACGCGCACACACAUACACACACACGGACGUACGGACAGUGUAUGUGUGUGUGUGUGUACGUGUGUUUCUUUUUAUGUCUAGUUUAUUGUAGGUGUGUGAGGGUAGUCAUUGUUUGCUAGUAAUUUUUGAAUGAUAGCUCUCUCUCUCUCUCUCUCUCUCUCUCUCUCUCUCUCUCUCUCUCUCUCUCUCUCUCUCUCUCUCUCUCUCUCUCUCUCUCUCUCUCUCUCUCUCUCUCUCUCUCUCUCUCUCUCUCUCUCUCUCUCUCUCUCUCUCUCUCAGGGUUUUUUGUAUUUUAUCAUUAUUAUUAUUAUUAUUAUUAUUAUUAUUAUUAUUAUUAUUAUUAUUAUUAUUAUUAUUAUUAUUAUUAUUAUUAGUCACAAAUCUUUAUCACUGCCAUGUCCUGUCUUUACUAAUUUCUCUCUCUCUCUCUCUCUCUCUCUCUCUCUCUCUCUCUCUCUCUCUCUCUCUCUCUCUCUCUCUCUCUCUCUCUCUCUCUCUCUCUCUCUCUCUCUCUCUCUCUCUCUCUCUCUCUCUCUCUCUCUCUCUCUCUCUCUCUCUCAUAUUUUUCCUAUACACCAUAAAAUUGUUGACUACAGUAGGCCUAUACAAAAUAUUUAGGCUCUACAGUCUCACCUUAAUUAAGUUACCUUUGUAUUUUUAGACUGGUAAUUUUUUGUAUUUUUGUAUGUUAAGCAUUUUUUCCCAUUGAUUUUCCCAUUUUCCCACAAAAUUUAAUAAUAGGCCUACCAGAUUUAGGCCUCUCCUAGUCUCUAAUUAAUUUCCUCACCUUUGUAUGAACAGCCAGGUAAACAUUUUGUAUUUUUGUAUUUUAAAUGCUUUUUUCUGUUAAUUUUCCUUUUUCCUCCACAAAAUUUAGUAGGCCUACCAGAUUUAGGCCUCCCCUAGUCUCUAAUUAAUUUUCUCACCUUUGUAUGAACAACCAGUUAAACAUUUUGUAUUUUUGUAUGUUAAACACCUUUUUCCUGUUGUUAAUUUUCCUUAUUUCCUUAAAAAUUUAAUAGGCCUACCAGAUUUAGGCCUCUCCUAGUCUUUAAGUAAUUUCCCCAUCUUUGUAUUAACAACCAGGUAAAUUGUUUUGUAAUUUUGUAUGUUAAACACAUUUCUUCCUGUUAAUUUUCCCAUUUUCCUCCACAAAAUUUAAUAGUAGGCCAACUAGAUUUAGGCCUCUCCUAGUCUCUAAUUAAUUUUCUCACCUUUGUAUGAACAACCAGUUAAACAUUUUGUAUUUUUGUAUGUUAAAUGCACCUUUUUCCUGUUGUUAAUUUUACUUAUUUCCUUCAAAAUUUAAUAGGCCUACCAGAUUUAGGCCUCUCCUAGUCUUUAAGUAAUUUCCCCAUCUUUGUAUUAACAACCAGGUAAAUUGUUUUGUAAUUUUGUAUGUUAAACACAUUUCUUCCUGUUAAUUUUCCCAUUUUCCCACAAAAUUUAAUAGUAGGCCUACCAGAUUUAGGCCUCUCCUAGUCUCUAAUUAAUUUCCCUACCUUUGUAUGAACAGGCAGGUAAAUGUUCAGUAUUUUUGUUUGUUAAACGCAUUUUUUCCUGUUCAUUUUCCUUAUUUCCUUAAAAAUUUAAUAGGCCCACCAGAUUUAGGCCUCUCCUAGUCUUUAAGUAAUUUUCCCACCUUUGUAUUAACAGGUGAAUGUUUUUGUAUGUUAAAUGCAUUUUUUCCUGUUAAUUUUCCCAUUUUUCCACAAGAUUUAAUAGGCCUCUCCUAGUCUCUAAUUAAUUUCCCCACCUUUGUACGAACAGCCAGGUAAAUGUUUUGUAUUUUUAUAUGUUCAGCAUUUUUUCCUGUUAAUUUUCUGGUUUCCCACAAAGUUCAAUAGGCCUACCAGAAUUAAUUAUGUAUAAUCCUGCCGUUUGUAGGUUCUGGUCUAAUUAAUUCACCUACAUAUGAAAAGCCAGGUAUCAAUUUGUAUUCCCUUUAAUAUUUCUUGUUAAUUUUGUUUGUAUAUUAUAAAAAAACACAGUAAAGAUUUGAUGCAUUUCGGACACACACACACACACACACACACACACACACACACACACACACACACACACACACACACACACACACACACACACACACACACACACACACACACACACACACACACACACACACA